AUUAUCCAUCACUAAUGUUGGAAUGUUGACUGGGAAGGUUUUAGAAACCUAAUACAACUUUCAAUCUUUCUCAAUCUUUCUAUCUUAUAUUUUGAUUUAAUUUUUUUUUUUUUUUAUCUUUCUCAAUCAUAGCCUUCUAAUUUUGUUCAAUAUGAAUUUGAAAUGUACGUUCCUGGGUAUCUUUCCUUGGUCACGAGACAAGAUCUUAAAAGAGAAAGCAGCAACAGCAGCAAAAUAAAGUAAACGGGUGAUAGAAUAAGUUGGACCGAUCGAAACUGACCUUAUGAAAGUUAUUAUACCUAUAAAUUAUAUUACGGAUACUUUAAAACUAAUUAAGUUUGAGUUUUACAGUCAAUUUAACGGUUAUCGAUCUGUAGUUUUGAAUAGAGUCGACCAAUAACACCUCGUUUCUUAUUUGCAUAUGAGAGUAUUAUAGGUUAGUUUCUUUUCAGAGAAAGUUCGUCAAAAUACCCUACCCAAUACCAUACCAUACCAUACCCUACCCUACCCUACCCUACCCCAGAUACCAACGUCACGUGGCCAUUUCUCUUUCGUAAGCAUUAAUUAUAAACGUCUUAACCUGUUUCUUUUCUUAACUUUUAUUUGAUUGUUCAUGAAAUGAAAUAAAAACCUAAUGGGGGUAUAGAUUUUGAUGAUCAAUGAUGUGAUCAAUGCGGCCCUGAGUAUACGAGCGAUUAGGUUCGACACCAUACACGCAUGUACGAUUCACUAAUGUAAUGUGUGUGUGUGUGUCUUCAAAUACGCACCAAUACGCACAAAGUCGUAAACAGGAACGUACACAAGGACAGAUACGAACUAACACCAGGAAGAUUGAAACUAAUAUAUGUACGAGGUUGCACGUGUGGCGGCUCUCCCAGUCGGCGUGCACAUAAAUAAACUAAAGUAUAAACUCGAGUUUGCGAUUUAAAAGAGCAACUAACGAAACCCUUACCACCCUCCUAUCGGAAAGAAACUACUGAGAUGCGUCUUUUAUCUUCUUUCAAAACAGUCCUAUCUAAUUAUUAUUCGACAUGAAAAUGAAAACAUAUGGGUAUGAUCUUUUACCCAUGUAGUUUAACAAGCACAUUGACUCUUUCUAUCUCUUUCUCUUCAUUCAACGAAUGAAUUGUUAUUAUUAUUAUUAUUAGUUUUAUUAACUCCUUAUCGAGCUAACAAGCUACUGAUGUAAUCGACCUAGCGACAUACGUGCAUACAAAUAAAUAUAUAUGGGUGUGUGGGUGUAUGUGUAUGUACAUAUACGUGCGAUUACGAAGGACAGACUCAUCGUUUCUCGAGCACAGAUUUUUUUCUAAGGAAACUUCAGAUAAGAAGUCGUAUAAGCUGAUAACAGAGAGAGAGAGAGAGAGUCUUUUCCAAAGUCCGACAACGAAGAACAACGAGCAAGAAGAUAGAAAACUUAUAAAAUAUUAUAACGUUAGAAAAUCCAAUCUAAAAUAAUGCAAGACCCAAACAGGUUAGCAGGACAAGUAGCUAAUUUAAACAAUAAUUAAUCAUCUAAUUUCGUUCUAAGAACUUUUCAAAUCUUAACUAUCCUACAUUUGUAUAUAUGCCACAUGUGCUAUAAAAAAAACCACCCGAAACACCAACAUGUUCUCCGUUCUCUUUCAAUGAUCUUCGACUUCAACUACUACAAAAGAAUGUUCGUGUAUUGGAGGUGUGAAGAAAUUCAGCUACGUGUUUAGGUCCUUCAAACUUCAUCGGAGGGUUCAUGAGAGUAGUAUAUGUGUAUAUGUUGGAAGAAAAAGGAAAGCAAAGGGAACGUGACGAGACGAGACGAGACGGGAUGAAUAGAGAACGAGUAGGAGGAAGAAAGAAAGAAAGAAAGAAAGAAAGAAAGAGAGAGAGAGAGAGAGAGAGAGAGAGGGAAUGGUCGGCACAUCAUUUGGGCGCCGAGAAGUCUGGCGUGACCAGCAGGCCAGAGGCGCGUCUCUGGUUACGAGACCAUUUGGGGCGCCAACGCUCAUGUAUAGAGAAGAAUGAGGCACAUUCCAGUGGGACUCGAGUUUUUAAACAUGGCUACCCGCGUGAAUGUAGGUCCACGACCGAUCCUACGAUACGCAGAGAACACCAGCAUACUGUCUUUUUCUAUCUUUCUCUUUUUCCUUCUCAUCCCUAUCCCCGGGACUCUCUUCUCCGUUGCACGAGCGCAAUUCGCUUUAACCUCCCUACUCUAUGACUAGCAGCACACAUACCGGAACCCCCUCCCCCUUCCACGUCCCUUUUCCUCCACCACCUCCUGCUGUUACAGCCACACUACCCCCCUGUUCCCUGCCACCCCCCUUUCCACCUUUCACCCGUCGAUCUUCUCUUUCCCUCUCGUAAACCCAACCGACCAAGCCGACCGCGCUGGCGACACCCUGUCUGGCAAGACCGGCCGACGACGGAUAAAGGAGGGGGAGAUAUGCCUGUUCCAACGUUGCCACGUUUCUUUCCUUGGGCUGCGCCUACCUUCUCGAUCCCAAGGACAAACCCGACGAGCCGUGCCAGCCGUCGUGGCGCGCUAGGCGACUGCCGGUCUGACUUAGCUGCUGCCACUGCUGCUGCUGCACCACUCCACGUCCGUCGCAUCAAUCUGCUCUUUUUUUUUAUCUCUGUCUCUUUCCUUUCUCUAUUUAUCCUUUCCUUUCGCUCAACAACUCUAUUUAACGGGAUUUAGAUUGUGGAUUUACAUACGAAUGAAAAUUUAUCUCGAGUACAAUAAAAGAAUUAUUAUUUCGACAAUUAUUAAAAAAUGAUGAAACAUGUCUUGUGGGCAAAUUGCAAUCGUAGCUAGAGAUUCCGAUAAAAUACCUAAACGAUGAGCUGUUACGAUACGAAGGUCGGUAUAGAAUGGAAUAGCAGGUAUAUUUUUUCUUUUACUGCCGAAAACCUUGAACAUCAUUUUCAUACCUGACUCGGACCCUUACCCUCCUAAUUCCAGGAAAUCGGUUGGGGAUAGUUUUCUUUUGGAAACUCUCAAAAGAAUACCGACAAUUCUUUUAUACUGAAAAACUGUUCAAGUGGACAAGAAAAUUUAUGACCCCGUCCCUUUUCUUAAUCUGUCUCUUUCCAUCUUUCGUUUCUCUUUUUCUCUCUUUCCUCUCCUUCCUUUCCAAGUCACGUCGAUCGUUUGCUAGCUAGCUAGCAAGCUAGCUAACUUGUCGAGUCUUACGUUCGUUCGUUGUAUCCUCUAGUCUCUUCUCUUCUCUUCUCUCUAUCGAAGAAGUAUGUAUACGUGCCAACGCGCAGCUUGCGUCAUCGCCUCGCGAGUUGGCCUACGCGCAAGACGUAGAAGCAUGGCAACCGCGCGGACGCGUAGCUAAACGUAUUAACCGUCGACUUCAUGCCACAAAAACAACAUGAUCUCAUUUCGCAGCGCAUACACCGAGAAAUCCGUGUUUCGUACUUACCAGCAUUUCGCGUUCUCUUGCUAUCCCCGAUUUCCAAGAAGUCCCGCAAUUUCCACUAUCGAAAGGUUUUGCCUCUAACUUAACGAGAAUCAAACAAAUAAACAAGGAAACUGGUCUUUCAUAUAAUCAUAAAUUUGUGGAACCUAACGGUAAUCCUAAAAACAUGACAAUUACA